CUCUUGUAUGUAGCUCAGGGUUUGCUCUUUCUCCCCCACUUUUCUUCUCUGUUGAGGUGGGCAGUGGAAGGAACACCAUUGACGAGAUCUCAUGCUCUGAAUUUGGAUUCUACAUCCACAUAUCUCCCUCUUAAUUUCCAUCUCUCCAAUCAGAAUGACGGAAGAAGCAGCUACAGCAGCAUUAUUUAAGGUAUACGAGAUAGUUGCUUGUGGGAUUGAUCUAAAAGGGAACUAUAAGAGGUUGAGACAGGAAGCAAAAAAGCUCAAGGCCAUAAGGGAUGCUAUAGAGACAGAGAUAAGCAAAGAUCGGAUAACACCAGCCACAAGAGAAUGGAUUGCUAAGGUGAAGAUGAUUGAAAGUGAAGUGAAAGAGCUAAAAACCAAAUACAAAAAUGAAAUGGGGCACCCUUGGAGAUUGGUUCGUAUUUGGGCUUAUGCAAGACUUAGCACAGACAUGGCAGAGAAGUACAACCAAGUUCAUAGUCUUUGGGAGGAGGGAAAUCUUAAAAGGGAAGAGCUCGACGCAGAAUUGCCGGAGCCUGUCAGGAAAAGACAUGCACCUAGAAUUGAAGAGAACUCAGCAUUGCACAUGGCUGUACAAGAAAUAUUGAGCUUUUUGGAGGAUGAACAAAUACAAAGAAUUGGAGUCUGGGGAACAGUUGGAACUGGGAAAACCACAAUAAUGCAAAACUUGAACAAUCAUGAACAAAUUGCUAAAAUGUUUGAUAUUGUCAUUUGGGUGACUGUCUCAAAGGAGUGGAGCAUAGAAAAGUUGCAAGAUGCAAUCAUGCGCCGGCUAAAGUUGGACAUGGAACGUUUUGCUGACAUUGAGGAAAAUGCUCGGAGAAUAUCUGAAGAGUUGAAGGAAAAGAAGUAUUUGGUUCUUUUGGAUGAAGUCCAAGAGAAUAUUGAUCUGAAUGCAGUUAUGGGAAUCCCCAACAACCAAGAUAGCAAGGUGGUGUUGGCAAGCAGAAACAGAUGUGUCUGUUAUGAAAUGGAAGCUGAUGAGCUGAUCAAUGUGAAGCGAUUGUCACCUGCUGAUGCUUGGAACAUGUUCCAGGAAAAAGUCGGUCAUCCAAUUUCUUCCCCUUUAAUUAAACCAAUAGCUGAGCAAGUGGUUAAAGAAUGUGAUGGUUUGCCGCUGCUGAUAGACAGGAUAGGGAGAACCUUUAGAAAGAAGGGGAAAGAUGUUUCUCUUUGGAGGGAUGGAUUGAACCGUCUGCGAAGAUGGGAGAGUGUCAAAACUGAAGGCAUGGAUGAAGUGCUUGAUUUCUUAAAGUUUUGUUACGAAGAAUUGGACGGAAAUAAAAAAGAUUGUUUCUUGUAUGGUGCAUUGUAUCCUGAAGAAUGUGAGAUUUAUAUUGAUUACCUGCUCGAAUGUUGGAAUUCUGAAGGUUUAAUUCAUGAUGCAGAUGAGUUAGUUGACAAUACAAAUGUGUUUAGAGAUGCACGUGACAAAGGGCAUGCAAUAUUGGAUGCUCUUAUUGAUGUAUCAUUGUUAGAGAGAAGUGACAAGAAGAAAUGUGUUAAGAUGAACAAGGUGCUUCGAAAAAUGGCCCUUAAAAUCUCAUCACAAAGCAACGGUUCCAAGUUUUUGGUGAAGCCAUGUGAGGGAUUACAAGAUUUCCCAGACAGGAAAGAGUGGGAAGAUGCAAGUCGAAUCUCUUUGAUGGGUAACCAGCUAUGUACUUUACCAGAAUUUCUACACUGUCACAAUCUCUCAACACUGUUGCUCCAGAUGAAUAAUGGUUUGAUUGCUAUUCCUGAGUUCUUCUUUGAAUCUAUGUGUAGUCUUCGAGUUCUGGAUUUGCAUGGGACUGGGAUUGAAUCAUUACCUUCAUCUAUAUCCUAUCUGAUUUGUCUUAGAGGGCUCUAUUUAAAUUCUUGCCCCCACUUGAUACAACUCCCACCUAACAUGAGAGCACUUGAGCAGCUUGAGGUGCUUGAUAUUCGAGGAACUAAACUUAAUUUACUUCAAAUUGGAAGUUUAAUAUGGUUGAAGUGCUUGCGAAUAUCAUUGUCUAGUUUUUUCAGGGGAAUCCGAACUCAAAGGCAAUUGGGGAGCAUCUCAGCGUUUGUUUCAUUGGAAGAAUUUUGUGUUGAUGAUGAUCUAUCCGAACAAUGUUGGGAUGAAUUUUUAAUGAUUGUCAUGGAGGAGGUGGUUACCUUGAAAAAGUUGACUUCUCUUCGGUUUUGCUUCCCUACAGUGGACUUCCUUAAGUUGUUUGUUCAAAGAAGCCCAGUAUGGAAGAAGAAUUCGUGCUUCACAUUUCAAUUUUGUGUUGGUUACCAGGGCAAUAGCUACUCUCAAAUUCUCGAGUCCUCUGAUUAUCCCAGCUAUAACUGCCUCAAAUUGGUCAAUGGUGAAGGAAUGCAUCCUGUAAUCGCGGAGGUACUAAGGAUGACACAUGCAUUCAAAUUAAUUAACCAUAAGGGAGUUUCAACACUAUCAGAUUUUGGUGUCAACAACAUGAAAAACAUGUUAGUUUGUUCAGUGGAAGGAUGCAAUGAAAUUAGAACCAUGGUAUGUGGUGACAGAAUGGCAAGUAGUGUGCUAGAGAACUUGGAAGUUUUGCACAUCAACAGUGUCUUGAAAUUGAGAAGCAUAUGGCAAGGGUCUAUUCCCAAUGGAAGUCUAGCUCAGCUAACCACGUUGACAUUAACUAAAUGCCCAGAGUUGAAGAAGAUAUUUUCCAAUGGCAUGAUUCAACAGCUCCCUGAACUGCAGCACUUGAGGGUGGAAGAAUGUAAUCGAAUUGAAGAAAUAAUAAUGGAAUCCGAGAACCUUGAGCUAGAAGUGAAUGCACUUCCAAGACUGAAGACUCUAGUACUCAUUGAUCUCCCAAGGUUGAGAAGCAUCUGGAUCGAUGAUUCAUUGGAGUGGCCUUCUUUACAAAGGAUUCAGAUAGCUACAUGUCACAUGUUGAAGAGAUUGCCUUUCAGUAAUACCAAUGCACUUAAACUGAGAUUCAUCGAAGGACAACAGUCAUGGUGGGAAGCGCUAGUAUGGGAAGAUGAUGCCAUAAAACAAAAUCUACACUCCAUUUGCAUCCUCAGCUAACUCCUCAGAUUUCGUCUUCAGUGCAGCAAAUUCAUAGUAAAACUGAUUGAGAUGAUUCUUGUCACUGCCUCAAUCUAGGUUUGUAUGUAGAAUUAAAAAAUGGCAUGUUUUAUUUGUAUGAGAUUUGCUAUUUGGGAUUGUAUCUGUUUAAGAUUUGACACUCCAGAUUAUACUUUAUUUGCAUUUUCACUGAACCAAACAUAACUUCAGAGUCUCCAUUCUUCC